UCCUACUUCUGCACCCCUAAGUUUCUACCUCCGUAUCUAGCUGCUUCAGUUGAUGACAAGUCUGAAGGACGGUAUCACCUGGAGGAGGGCAGCCAUUGUGUAGCUCUUGAUUUCCGGAAGAGGAAGGGCUUCGGAGUAAGACCCAAUUCUGCUUCGUAAGCAAUACGAAGGCCCAAGAGAGAAAGAAAAGAACAAUGGAUGAGCACAUGGCUUCCAACAUGUCCUCCGAGAUGCUUCCUUUGACAAGAAAUGUCACCGAGAACCUUCAAGAAGCCACCACUGCCUAUGACUACGACUAUGGCGAACCUUGUGACAAAGUCCACGUGAGGCAGAUCGGAGCUCAGCUCCUCCCUCCUCUCUACUCCCUGGUGUUCGUGUGCGGGUUCGUGGGUAACACCCUGGUGGUCCUCACCCUGAUCUACUGCAAGAAGCUUCGGAGCAUGACGGACAUUUACCUGCUCAACUUGGCCGUCUCCGACCUCCUCUUCCUCCUCACGCUACCUUUUUGGGCUCACUACGCCUCCAACCCGUGGAUCUUUGGGGGUGUCCUCUGUAAGUUCCUCACAGGGAUGUACUACGCUGGUUACUUCGGGGGCAUCUUCUUCAUCAUCCUCCUCACCAUCGAUCGGUAUUUAGCCAUCGUCCACGCUGUGUUGGCUUUAAAAGCAAGGACGGUCACCUUCGGGGUGGCCACCAGCGCGGUGACAUGGAUCCUUGUCUUGUUGGCUUCUCUGCCUGGGAUCAGCUUCACGAAAUCCCAGAAGGAAGAGACCGGUGACACCUGCGGCCCGUAUUUCCCAAUAGCAUGGAAGAACUUCCACACCAUCCUGAGGAACAUCCUGAGUCUGAUCUUACCCCUGCUGGUCAUGGUGAUCUGCUACUCCAGCAUCCUGCACACCCUGCUCCGGUGUCGGAAUGAGAAGAAGAGACACAGGGCCGUGAGGCUCAUUUUUGUCAUCAUGAUCGUCUACUUCCUCUUCUGGGCUCCCUAUAACCUCGUCCUGCUCCUGACCACUUUCCAGGAAUUCUUCGGCCUGAGUAACUGCAAGUCGGCCAGUCACCUAGACCAAGCCAUGCAGGUGACCGAGACGCUGGGCAUGACCCACUGUUGCAUCAAUCCCAUUAUCUACGCCUUCGUCGGGGAGAAGUUCCGGAGGUAUCUGAUCACCUUCUUCCGAAGACACAUUGCCAAACGUCUCUGCAAACAGUGCCCGGUGUUCUACCGUGAGGCAGCCGAUCGAGCGAGCUCGGCCUAUACCCCUUCUACCGCGGAGCAGGAAGUGUCUGCAGGUUUGUAAAAAUGAAGAUGACUCACGCCUGUCCAUCCUCAGCUACUCGUGGAGGCCGAGAUCUGAGGAUUGCAGGUGAAGGCCAGUCCUG